AUGUCUGGUCCCGCAGCCACCGACCACGUCCAUUCAUCGUUCGUUGAACGCAUCGAAGACAAGAAUGCAAGCGUCGAGGAAAAGGUCGGGGUAGAAGAAGAGCUCCAAAUCGAACCAGAUGCUUCAGGCCCGCGUCGGCCGCUCUGGAAGCGGAUUUUUGCAGGAGAUGCGGACGAUUCGCACCAGACGAAGCGGGGAAUGGGCAGCCGUCAUCUCACCAUGAUCGCGAUUGGAGGCACGAUUGGCACUGGGAUCUUUCUGAGUGCUGGGGAGGCACGGAGGAGCUUUGCUGUGUUUGGAACUCGCUUUGUGUCUCCUGCGCUGGGGUUCACGCUCGGAUGGAAUUAUUGGAUCCAAUGCGAACUGACAGCUGCGGCCGUCAUUCUACAGUUCUGGGACGCACGGAUACGGCCCUGGGGGUGGGCAUUGAUCAUAAUUGCACCUAUAUUUAUUAUGCAACUCAUCCAUGUCAGAGUAUAUGGAGAGUCCGAGUACUGGUUUGCCAUGAUCAAGGUCAUUCUGAUCAUCCUGUUCAUUAUCGUCGGCCUCAUCUACGACUGGGGAGGCAUUCACAAGCACCCCGGGCCUGCGAGUCUUCCCAACUUCAUAGAUCAAGGUUUGUCCAACUUUCAGAACGGACAAGCAUUCAUCGGGGGAUUCUCCGCCUUCGCGCAGACGUUCGCCGACGCCUUCUACUCAUACGGUGGCGUCGAGCUCGUCUCACUCGCAGCAGGCGAAUAUGCAUCUCCUCACAAGAGCGUGCCUCGCGCUGUCCGGGCGACCUUCUUUCGCAUCCUCUUAUUCUACAUUCUGACUAUCCUGACGAUCGGGCUCUGUAUCAAUUGGGACGACCCGACGUUGCUCAACUCGGCAUACAACUCGGACGUCGCAGCGUCACCCGUGACGGUCGUCUUCCAGCGCGCCGGGUUCGGCGCAGCCGUGCACGUAGUCAACGCCGUCCUCCUAACUGCCGUCCUCUCCGCCAUCAACUCCUGCUUCUACGCCAGCUCCCGCAUGCUGCUCUCCCUCGCGCAGAACGGACACGCUCCGCGCAUGUUCGGAUGGGUCAAUAGGCGAGGAGUGCCGGUACCAGCCCUCGUGAUGGCACUCGCCAUCUCCUUCCUGACCUUCUUGACCGACAUCUGGGGCGAAGGCGUAGUCUUCACGUGGCUGCUCAACCUCACAGGAAUCUCCGCACUCUUGACAUGGGGGUCCAUCGGUCCUAUAUCCCUCCGAUUCCGACAGGCAUGGAAAGCACAGGGUCGCUUGUUGGAUGACUUGCCGUACAAGCAGCCGCUGUUCCCGCUUCUCCCGCUCGUCACGAUUAUCUUGGCAACGCUGAUGUUCACUGCAGAAGGCUACAGCGCAGUGGUAGAGUCGCCAUUUGAUUGGCGGAACGUGGUGGCGACGUACAUCGGUGUCGCAUUGUAUAUUCUGCUAUACGUCGGAUAUACGCUUUACGAGCUUUUAUUCCUCGGAAAGUGGGAUCAUUUUGUCCCUCUGCUGCACGUUGACCUCGACACAGACGCCGUGUGGGGCCCGGGAGAGGGGAGACUUGUCAAAGAACGCGAGCUGCAAGAGAAGCAGCAGAGACAGUUGGAGGGUCGAGGCAGGAUAGGAAAGUGGAUACGGAGGGCUUUCUCAAGUGUAUGA